CCUUGUACUUCUCCACUCUGCUCGUCCUCUUCUCGACAGACGGUUCACGGAGCACGAGGCGGUUUCAACACGAAGACGAUGAACCCCAGGACGGACAAGCUCGUGAGGAGGACAACCAUGGUGGCGACCAUCACCGCCUCCUAUUUUCUCUUAACCGCUGACUACGGCCCCGAACCUAAUGCUCUCGAUCCCAUUAAGAAGGCGAUACUAUCGGCCGAGAAUCGUGUGAAAGGUUUUGUUUUUGGAUCGAGCGAGAAACCUCGAGAGAGCCACUUGGGGAACUUGGGGGGCUCCAGGGAUUCACCAAAAGAACAACCAUGAUCCUGUUGUCUUGUUCACUUCGUGCCGAAGAACGUCUGUCUUGACUCUUAGAGCUGCUUAGCCUUUGGUUCGGUUUGAGCAGGAUAUCACAGUUUUUGUAUGGUCUGUGGUUAGUGUGAUGUAUAUACCAUGGGAGACCAGUUCAGUUUUUGCGAAUGUAAGUAACCUCGACUGUGGAAUUAGACAGAAGUGUUUUAAUUGAGUUUCUUCGACUCA